UAUACGGGAGAGAGGGAGAGAAGAGUAAGCAGAUGAAGAGACGGGUGCGAGCAGCUUAACACCACUACUUAGCGGUACAUUUCUUUUGUUGUUUUUUUUAGUCCAAUAAGCUUUGUUUUGCCGGUACGCCUCAUAGCAGCUCAAGCCCUGUGAAGCCAGCAGUCCCAAUACCUCACAGCGGUCCUGCCGAGACAGCACAGGCCAGCCAGAGGCCAAACACACUCUACACACACAUGUACUGUGGCAGGACCAGGAGCACAAUGAAACCACCAUCACAGAGUCCGUCAUGUCCUGUAAGCAGCUUACUAUUUGAAGGCGUAUACAACAACGCCAGAAUGCUUCAUUUUCUCACCGCAGUUGUGGGCUCCACCUGUGAUGUGAGAGUGAAAAGUGGCACAGUGUAUGAGGGAAUCUUCAAGACAUUGAGCUCACAGUGUGAGCUGGCUGUAGAUGCUGUUCAUAAACGGAGUGAGGGAGAUGGAGGAGGAGGAGGAGGUGAGGAAGGAGGAGGAGGAGGAGGAGGAGAAGUUAACCAGGCAUCUCAACCUAAGAUUGAGGACAUCACUGACACCAUGAUCUUCAGCCCUGCCGACCUGGUGACCAUGACCUGCCGGGAUGUCGACUUGAGCUUUGCUGUCAGAGACACAUUCACUGACACGGCCAUCAGCUCGUCCCGGGUGAACGGGGAACACCAGGAGAAGGUUCUGCAGAGGUGGGAUGGCAAUGGAAACGGUGAAAACUUUGAGCUGGAGUCAGACGCGUCAAACGGCUGGGACGCCAACGAGAUGUUCAAGUUUAACGAGGAGGCAUAUGGUGUCAAGUCCACGUAUGACUCCAGCCUCUCCAUGUACACCAUGCCUUUAGAGAAGGGAAACUCUGAGGUCUACAGGCAGCGGGAAGCGCGGGCAGCUCGGCUGGCGAAUGAGAUCGAGGGCAGCGUGCAGUACCGCCGGCGGGUUUCUUUGGAGAACGACGAAGGCCGGAGCGAGGAGGACAAAUACAGCUCUGUGUUGCGAGAGAGGGAAGACCGGGCCAGCCCUGGAUUCACCUCCAGUGGCAGGGAGGGUAAAUACAUUCCUCUCCCCCAGCGGGCUCGAGAGAUCGGCCUGUCUGGCAGCAGCGGGAGAUCCGGAGCCUCCGGUCGAAAUACUUUACCCACUUCCUCCAGACACCCACCGCCUGGCUUGUCUUCCCCUAAGCCGCCCUCUGAAACGAGCAGCCCGCUGUCCGUCAGAAAUGCCUACUCUCCUCAUCAGUCCCAGAGCAGCCCGCCAGCAGCAAGCAGCCCCCCCUGCACCAAUCACGUACUGCCGCACUCCCUCUCCCAUCCCCAAGCGCUGGCUGACACAACGCGCUCAUCUGUGAACGGAGUUCCAUCCAGAACAUCACCCAAAGCUCAGAGACUUCAGAGCGCCAGGACCCUGCGGACCCCGACCUCCCAGUCCUCCAAUGCAGUUUCCCGUGCUCCAAAACCAGACGUCCCUCCCCAGGACCACCACAUGGCUGGCCCAACCUUCUUGGACUCCUCCCCCGCCGCUGUUACCACAACAACCACCUCCACUAAACCCUCUGGCCCCACGCCACUUUUCACUGUUGAUGUAAAUGAAAUCCUCAGCACAGCAGCUAAAGAGCGAACUGAAAGUCUGUCCAGUCCACAGGAAGGCAAGGGCAGCAAAGCUCCCUCUUUCCAGCAGAGAUCUCAGCUGGAUGAGCUGCGCAAGUUUGGCAAAGAGUUUAGGCUGCAGCCCAGCUCCUCCCCUACAACAAGCCCGGCCUCUGCAGACCCUCCUCAGCACAUCUCAGCCUCACCCGUUGACUCUUCCUCCCCGUCCCCCUCCUCACCUUCACCACCUAAACCUGUCAGCCCCCUCACCUCUUCUGCCCAAGACCUGCAGCAGACAACUAUUGCACCCUCCCCGACUACCACCCCCCCAGCUUCUGUUGGCCACCAGUCCUCAGGGCCGGGGGGGCUGGACUCUGGGAUGACACAGUUAGCUGUGGCCCCUAACACUGAGGGGGCUGCUUCUCUGGAGAGCAGUGAUCAUUCGGAGGCUGAGUCUGCAGCUGCUGUGCAUGUGAAAAACUCCACUUUAAAUCCAAAUGCAAAAGAAUUUCUUCCAAUAAAAGGAAACGCCCCCCCGAAGCCUGCGUUGACCCCCACUCCUCCUCGACCAACGCCCCCAAGCCCCUCCUUGGUUCUGCCACCACAAGCACAGCCAGGAGGAGGAGCCAUCUACAGCAGCCCGUCGGGACACUACCUGUCCUAUAUGUCCCCCCUCCACAUCCAAGGACACUCCAUCCAGAGUCCUCAGAUCUAUCAGUACACCAUGUCCGCUGUCAACCAGGGCAAAUACCCCAGACCUAAAGGCCCAGUGGUGGGACAGCGGCCAGAGCAUCACGCCUCGCAGACCUCCCCCAUGAUCUCUGCUGCAGCCUCAGCAGCAGGACCCCCGCUGGUGGCUUCACCUUACCCCCAGUCUUACCUGCAGUACGGUCAGGUGAUCCAGGCCAUGCCCCCGCACUACCACGGACAGCCGGUUUACUCAAUGCUGCAGGGGGGUGCGAGGAUGCUGACGUCUGGAGUAACUCCUCAGCCAAUGGGUCCCCCUGGUCCCCAGUAUCCUGGCCAGGCAGAGGGCCAGCAGAGGCAACAACAGGCCAUGUAUGCUCAGUCGUUCUCUCACCACUCGGGCUCCAUCCAUCCUGGACCCUCCAGCACCCCUACUGGGAAUCAACCACCACCCCAGCACACAGCACCCAGUCCAGGUCACUCUCAGUCGAAUCAGGGCGGUCCUCAGCCUCAGUCAAUGUUUCACUCUGGAGGUUUGUCAGCUCCCACCCCUCCUAACCUGCAGCCAGGCCACAGCUCCCCUCAGGCCUCUUACACCAUGCAGGGGUACAGCCUGCCCACCCAUCAGCAGCUGCAACACGGCUUCCCUUCAAUCAGUCAGCUCACACAGGCUCAUGUCCAAGGAGGUAUGUCAGGACCUCACCACCCUGUCAUGCUGCACUACGUUUCCCCUCAGCAAGGCAACAACUCCAACCUCCAGCAGGGAGCACCACAACACUUCUACAUCGGACCCCCACAAGCUGUUCAGGUUCAGGCUCACCCCUCCCAGCAGCUCUCCUACCAUCCCUCUGCAAACUGAAACCUCCUCGUCACAGCUGGAUCCAAGAGCGAGGAAGACAAAUGUUACUCUGUGACAUGAGAAAAAAAAAAAAAACUAAAACCCCCCAAACAUCUUACAACAUUCCCACUCCCUGACAUAAAACUAACACAUCGUUCUUAACACUUUUAUCUUUUACACAGAAACAUCUCACACAGGACUUGUCUGAUUUUUAAAUGUAAAUACUGACUGUUUUCACUCACGAACAUGAAGAUGGACCGAA